AGAAUCUAGUUUUCCUGAAAGAAAUAUUACUGCCACAUUUUUCGGUUAACUAGCUAACGAUAUUUACAAAAUUAUUUGUGUGCGUGUAAAUGUAAAAAGCUCUCAAAAUUCGCUGUGAAACAAAAAAUGGCACAGAUAACUACUGAGAAGAGGACCACGGCCACAGCGAUGCGUGCGCAUGUGACGCCAGCAGCUGGAGCAGCAAGUGCUGCUGCCAGCAAGGAGAAUGGCAGGCAGCUGCAUGGCUCACAGUCGCCAUCGCGCGGCAAAGGCAUCGAGAUAUUGGAUUUUCAUGAAUCCUGGCUGGAGGAGGUCGAGCUCUACAAGGACAAGCUGGUAAUGUGCAAGCAACUGGCGCAUCGCAAUCAUCAAUCCCCACAGUCUGUACCCAAAUAUGGCGCUGCACAUGCAAAGACAAUGCACGUAUCCUCGCCCGUACGCGUCGCUGGCGGCGGCUCAGGUAGUCCUGCCCGCUCCACGCCCACGACGCCCACCAAAUCGCCGCGUGCACAGAAACAGAAAUCACCACCAACGCCGCAUCGGCACAAGUCAGCGGUGGCAGAUGCGGCUGCCGCUGCUGCAGUCAUUGCAAAUGGUCAUCAAAAGUCACCAACAGCAACGCCAGCCAGAGUAACAAUUACGCCCAAACUGAACUCUGUGCCGCCCCCGGUGGUGGGUGUGCUGCAAUCCGAGCCGUACAAGAAAGUACAGAUGCUUUUGAAGCGCGCACGUGAUGAUGCGCUUAGCAAGAACUCCAACGUCAAUGGGAGCGGUAACAGCAAGCGUCCCAAUAACACUAAUAACGGCACUAGCACGACAAGUCCGAAUGCCGCAAAGAGCGGCGGCGUCGCCAGCAGUUCCAGCGCAACUACCAUUAAGCCCACUAGCAAGAUUGUUGUUAAUCCGUUCCAUGGCAGUAGCAUGUUGAAUGGCCAGCAGACUGACGAGAAGAGCAAGAUUCUAACACAGAAUGGUCUAACUAAAUCGGCAGCCUCGGCGCUGGAGACAUCGCUGUAUGCAUCGCUCUAUGCACAUCCCACACAGUCGGUGCCGGUACCAACGCUGACCACGCGCAUGACCUCUGGCGAUCAGAGCAACUACAUGGGCGUAUCGCUUAAUAAAUCCAUAUCGAAUUACGAGUCCCGACACGAUGAUGAUCCCUGCGCUGCCAUUGAUGAAAUCACCAGCUAUGAUGAUUCAGAGUCGGAGGAGGAUUAUGUGGGUGCGCCCUUCUUUUUGGUUGAAGACAACGAGGAGACCUCACAGAGUCGUCACAUACGCAUGAAGCUGGAUAAGGUGCCGUCCAAGGAGUCGGUGGCUACUGUUGAUUCAGAGGCAUCGGUUUAUUUCAAGCCAGAUGCAAUUUUAUCGCCCAGUUUGUUUCCCAAUGUACCGCCAUAUUUGAAUUUUACCUCGCAUGCGGAUAAGGGUCCACCAAUGCCGGCGACAUUGCAUCGCGUGUUGAAGUGGAAGCUCAGUCCAGUGAUGCCAAAGAUUGUAAAACGCGUUGUGCUCAAUUCGGGCUUUCGCAUUAUCAAAAAUACAACUGACUGGAUGGCUGUAUGGGAGAAGCAUAUGAAGAGUCCUGGCUUUCGCACAAUACGCUCGCAUCAGAAAUAUAAUCACAUGCCAGGCUCAUUUCGCAUUGGACGCAAGGAUACGAUGUGGCGCAGCAUAGCGCUGAAUAUGAAGAAAUUCGGACGCAAAGAGUUUGGCAUCAUGCAAAAAUCCUACAUAAUGCCCGAUGAUCUGGAGAAUCUGCGUCAGGUAUGGCCCAAGAAUGCUUCGAAGCUCACCAAGUGGAUUGUAAAGCCGCCAGCGAGCGCACGCGGCACUGGCAUACGCAUUGUUAACAAGUGGAGUCAGUUUCCCAAGGAUCGACCGCUGGUGGUGCAAAAGUACAUCGAGCGUCCUUUGCUUAUCAAUGACAACAAGUUCGAUAUGCGUUUAUAUGUAGUGUUAACUUCGAUUAAUCCACUGCGCAUCUAUAUGUUCAAGGAUGGUCUAGCACGCUUCGCUUCUGUCAAGUACAGCUCGGAGCUGGGCAAUCUGGAUGAGCGCUGCAUGCAUCUCACGAAUUAUAGCAUCAAUAAGUUCUCACAGAAUUAUGCCAAGAACGAGGACUUCAAUGCCUGCCAGGGGCACAAGUGGACAUUGCAAUCGUUGUGGUCUUGCUUGGAGAAUCGUGGCGUCAAUACGAAACGUCUGUGGGCCACGUUGCGUAAUUUGGUUAUACGCGGCAUUGUUAGCGGCGAAUCGGGACUGAAUCGCAUGUAUAGACAGAAUGUUAAUUUUCGCUAUAAUUGCUACGAGCUGUUUGGCUUCGAUGUGCUGUUGGACGAGAAUCUGGUGCCCUGGUUGCUGGAGAUCAACAUCUCGCCAUCUUUGCACUCUGAACUGCCGCUCGACUUGCAUGUGAAGGGACCACUGAUACAGGCCGUGCUGAAUACUGCGCUGUACCAGGUGCCGCCUAAGCUCAACGAACGGCAGCAGCGCGAGAUACUCGAUGAGCUGCAGCUACAGGGGCCGCUCUGUCACGACAAACGCAUCUUCACCACCUGCCUGACAGCGGAGGAGGUGCGCAAGCAUAAUCACUUCACCAGUCGCAGCAUUGAGUUUCGCGAGGAAUAUGUCGACACCAUACUCGACAAUCUGCUGCCCGACGAUGUGCGCUGUCUGAUCAUUGCCGAGGAUGAGCUGGCGCGCUGCAAGCCGCUCGAGCGUGUCUUUCCCACCUCAGGCACAUUUAGCUAUUUGCAGUAUUUCGAAAAUCCGCGCUACUACAAUCGCCUCAUGGACGCCUGGGAGAGCAAGUAUGGACAAAAUCGUGAGGCGGGCAUUGCGCUCCUAAGCCGACUCUGCAAGGACAAGUAUCAUCUGCAAGUGUCCGAAGCUGCGCUGGAAAAGCAGGAGCCGAAUGUGGCGCUAACCGAAAUCGAUAUGUUACAUGUGCGUAAGGAUGAUAUGUUGGAUAACCCUACGAAUUUGCCGCUGCUAAAUAAACCUGUCACCGCCGAAAGCAUCGAGGCGGCCAUGCAAGCAGUCUCCGCUAUGAAGGCCAGACCCUUGGAGGUGGCCACAUGAAACACUCAAACAAUAAACGCGUAAGACUGAUUGUAAUAAUGAUCCAAUAGCAGCACAGGCCCGGGGGUACAAGAUAGAAAAUAUCGCCGUUUUCUAUAUCACACUACUACAUAUAUACUCUAUAUAUCUAAAUGUUGUUUUGUAGGUGCAAAAUCGGCAAUUCGCUCCAGUCUUGAUUUCUUUUAAAUUCACGUUAAGGUUCAAUGCAAAUAAAGUUGAGAAAUUUUUGGUUUC